AUGGUUGUCUUUGUUGAUCUCGACGAGGAAAUGGAGCCUCUUCACGUUCUCGAGGCGCGCCGCCUGGCCGCUGCUGCCGCCAUCGCGACGCAUGGCCUAGAACCAACCAGCCGUGAGCUUAAUCAUGAGCUCGAGAAGCCGAUGGGCGCUCCGGUUGUGUCGGUAGCUCCAGUUCCCGCACCGGAGCCCACGCCGGCAUUCCAGAGUGCUGCUACCGAGGCUUUUGGCUGCUAUCCUAUCGUCAUGUCAAUUGCUGAACACAUCGACCUCAACACCCUCGACAGCCUAGCCCGUACCUCGCGCCAGGUUCGCCGUGGCUUGCUGCAGUACCGCUCUAUCCUUUUAUCGUCGACGCUACACUGCUCCAAUGAAGGCACCCCCGUCGACCCAGAAUCCACCUUCCGCUUCCGCGCGAGGGCCGGCAACUGGUACUAUAUGGAAGACGGCCGAAAUUACAACGGCAAGAGCGGCAGCUGUGCCCGGGACCUGGUGACGGAGUGUCGGAGGUGCAGGACCGUUGUGUGCAGGAAUUGCGCCAUCAAGCCGCCAGCCCACAACGCCCUCCGUGAACGCCAUCGCAGGCUGUGUAAUCCGUGUAUUAAGGCCCCAAUCGCGUCGCUCGUCAACUCCGCCCUGGAGACCGAGACGCCCCUUUUGGAUGACGCGGUGCGUCGAGAGAUUUGCCGGUGCGAUAUUGACGGCGUCUGGCUCUGCCAACCAUGUGGGCGAAGCAUGCGUGGAGAUGACCACGAAUAUCAGCGCAUUUGGAAAUGGCGAGCCCACUACGGCGAAGUCCUCGGCGGCCUCGGAACAGGUAUCGGCGAGGGUGACCGUGGCGUCAUUUGUGGUCGCGGGAGCGCUUGCGCCGGUGCCAAGGAGCGAGAGAACGAGACCGACUGUGACGCCGAGGAUGCAGCUGUGAGCGGCGCGAACCUGUGGACGGCCACGAACCAGGUGCAUCUUGACACGGUGCGCUAUGAACGCACACCGAGUCCCCAGCUCGGCCCUGGUUACGAGAGGCAUGAGAUUGAAGGCAUCGGCGGCUGUGUCAAGACCAAGCUCAUCAGGAUGGUGAGAGUUGGUGCUUGUGUGCCCGAGUGGGACGACGAGAAGAGUCAUCACAGUAUUCUCCGAAGAGAGGUCAAGGGUAUCAGGAGAAGUUGGUGCGGCUGGUGCUAUGGAGUGAUUCCUGGUGAAGCUGACUUGAAAAAGGUCGGUGCUACGAUGCGCCAACUUUGA